AAACGGAUCAGAGGUAAGCGGUUGCAUUCAUUUCGAUAAUUCAUUCGUAUAAUUAAUCAACUUUAAUGGAAUUGAUGCAUAAGGUGUAUGAAAACGUGUGGAUUUUUCGCAUUUGUUGAUGUAAAGGAUAGAAAAUGUUGUAAAGGAGUAUAUGCAUAAACCGGUUUUCGUUAUGCUCUUCGUGUGGUGUACACUAUUUUUCUUAUAUGGUUACCAAAGUCAAAUUCAACAAAACCCUCACCAAGACGGAUCCACAACAACAUCCCGUCUUGAUAAUUGGUCAACUGCGGCAUUUGUCCAUUCUACAAUUUGACCAUGUCCGAUGCAAACUGGAACCGCGCGUUACCGAAGAAACAUUCAAAAGUGCCUUGACAUGCUUGCACCCGUCGCCUACCGACUAUUGUCCAUUGUUUCUGGAUGUUGCGACCAUUGCAGCUCUGCCAACCAAAACCUCACGACAUAAUACACCAUCGCGGGCUCAUUCAGUGACUGCACUAGUGAAAACCCAUGCGAUGACCGUUACAGAGAGCAUAGUGAUCGUCUGUAAUAAAAGUGAUUUGUAUGCCAGUGCAUGUGCAGCCGUCCGAGCCUUUCCACUGUUCUCGUUGAAAACUGUAACCGCCGAUAUUUCAUCGACUGUUAACAUUGAGUUCAUUCUGAUCGAAAAUGACUCCGUCUCCGACUAUCAAUUGACUGACAACGACAUUGAAUGUUUAGAAAAUGCCGAGCAUGCCAUCCGUUUAACAGCCAAAAUUGUCGAUGCACCAUGCAGUCAUAUGGAUGUAUCCCAUUUUAUCAACGAAAUUCAAAAGAUUGGCAAUCUGCUUGGUAUCUCGCCAUUGAUAAUCAGCGGCGAAGAGCUGAAGGAGCGAGGCUUCGGUGGUAUUUAUGGCGUAGGUAAAGCAGCAGUCGUCCCACCAGCCUUAGUAGUUUUAUCUUAUGAACCAGCUGCAGCAACCGAUACAAUUGCUUUAGUUGGUAAGGGAAUCGUUUAUGACACUGGUGGCUUAAGUAUCAAAGGAAAAACAGCCAUGCCGGGCAUGAAACGUGACUGUGGAGGUGCUGCUGCCAUUCUUGGUGCAUUUUACGCAUUUGUUAAAUCAGGAUUUAAUCAAAAUCUGCACGCUGUUUUUUGCCUAGCUGAAAAUUCAGUUGCCGGUAAUGCAACGAGACCAGACGAUAUACAUACCCUUUAUUCGGGUAAAACUGUAGAAAUAAAUAACACUGAUGCUGAAGGUCGACUGGUGCUAGCCGACGGAGUAGCAUAUGCAAGAAAAGACUUAAAGGCGAACAUAAUCGUUGAUAUGGCCACAUUGACUGGGGCGCAGGGAAUCGCAACCGGAAAGUAUCACGGUGCUGUUCUGACAAAUGACGAAGAAUGGGAAAUUCGUAGCGUUGAAGCAGGCCGCGCAUCCGGUGAUUUAUUAGCACCAAUCGUUUACUGUCCAGAACUGCAUUUCAGCGAAUACACAUCGGCCGUAGCCGAUAUGAAAAAUUCAGUCAGUGAUCGCAGCAAUGCGCUCUCAUCAUGUGCUGGAUUAUUCAUAGGUUCCCAUAUUGGUUUUGAUUUCCCUGGCAUAUGGAUCCAUUUCGAUAUGGCAUAUCCAGUGCAUUGUGGUGAACGUGCCACUGGCUAUGGUGUUUCACUGCUGUGCACAUUGUUUGGCAACGAAACACAAUGCGAUUUACUCAGAUCGAUAGCACCGAAAAAGUGUGAACCGCCAGUUAAGAAAAUAUGCCGUGGCUGAUAAGCCAUUCGAAGACAAACAUUGAUUCGGAUGAGACGUUUUUUGUCGUAAGACUUUUCAUCGAGUGCUCAAUCUUCAAUAAAAGAAAAUUCUUUUUGUUUUUGUGGCCAAAAUAUUUUUGCGAGAUAAUUAAAUAUUUGCAUUUUCAA